AUGGCUGCCCCGAGCCAGCCCCACCAGGCCACCUACGAUGCCAUCGUCAUUGGAGCUGGCAUCCAGGGCUCCUUCGCCGCAUACCACCUGGCCCAGCGCCACAGGGACACCCUCCUGCUGGAGCAGUUCCUCCUGCCCCACUCGCGGGGCAGUUCUCACGGGCAGAGCCGCAUCAUCCGCAGUGCCUAUCCCCGGGCGCCCUACACCUGCAUGAUGCCUGACAGCUUCCGCCUCUGGAAGCGGCUGGAGGCUGAGGCGGCCCCCAGCCUCUACAGGUGGACAGGGCUGGUGGUGCUGGGGCCAGUGGGCAACCCGGAGCUGGAGGGUUGCCGGCGCAGCCUGGGUGCCAACCAGGUCCUCGACGCCACGGUGCUGGCCCAGCAUUUCCCCGGCCUCCGGCUCCAUGCCGGUGAGGUGGCCGUGUGGGAUGGCACCGGCGGGGUGCUCUUCGCUGACCGGGCGCUGCGGGCGGUGCAGGAUGUCUUUUGCCGGCACGGGGGCACCCUGCGGGAUGGGGAGAAGGUGCUGCGCAUUGAACCCGGGGCUGUCCUCACCGUCACCACCACUGCUGGGGUUUACCGAGCCCCCCGGCUCAUCAUCACAGCCGGAGCCUGGACUGGUGCUCUCGUGGCACAACUGGGUCUCUGCCUGCCACUGAAGACCCUGCGCAUCAAUGUCUGCUACUGGAGGGAGAAAGAGCUGGGGAGACCCAGCCCCAGUAGAGCCAGUCCCUGCUUCAUGGCCCUGGGGCUGAGCCGAGCCCCUCACGGCAUCUACGGGCUGCCUGCCCUCGAGUACCCAGGGCUGGUCAAGGUGUGCUACCACCAUGGCAGCCUUGCUGAUCCUGAGGAGCGGGACCAGACCUCCCUAGGUGCCCCCCGCCCUGACAUCGCCCUCCUGAGCAGCUUCAUCAGCAACUACCUGCCCGGGCUGGAUCCCUGGCCAGCCGUGGUGGAGACCUGCCUCUACACGAACACCCCGGAUGAAGACUUCAUCCUGGACCGGCACCCCAAAUUCAGCAACAUCGCCCCCAGCACACCAGACCACCCUCUCCUCCCUGCAGGCCAUGGGUUCAAGCUGGCGCCGGUGGUGGGGAAGCUGCUGUGCGAGCUGAGCCUGGGCGAGGAGCCGUCCCACAGCAUGGCCCCCUUUGCCAUUACCCGCUUCCCUAGCGUGCUCCAGGCUGCGCUGUAG